AUGGAUCUCGUUGGUAUAAUUCGACGUUUACCUGAGAUUGUUGCGUAUAAUAAAUUCGACGACGAUCUCUUCGAUCGUUUGAAUUACUCACACACAGUCACAAUCUUAACUGUUUUUGCAAUCAUCGUUACUAAUCGUCAGUUCAGUGAAAAUCAAAUCAAAUGCUGGGUACCUGCACAAUUCACUGGUAGUUAUGAACAAUAUGUCAAUCAGAUAUGUUUUAUUACAAAUACUUAUUCAUUUGAUAUGCAUGAAUCUCUACCGGAUGAUUAUCAUCAACGUCAUGAACAUGAACUGAAGUAUUAUCAAUGGACGCCAUUUAUUCUUCUUCUCAUGGCAAUUCUAUUCUACAUUCCACAUCAAUUCUGGCGUGGAUUGAGUCUUCGAAGUGGCGUUGAUUUGAAAGAUUUAACCGAAGCAGCACAAACAUAUCGUUCAGCGAAUCUUCGCCAAGAUGAUAAAAUCAAAUUGCUCGAAUAUUUAACAAAUUGGUUGGAUAGUUACUGUUCGAAUUCGUAUCGUUUGACCAAUCUUCAAAUGAAAAAACAUUUAUCGAUGCGAAAAGCAAGACUGUUCAUUUUUCGAAGGCAUUCAGGCAAUUAUCUGAUAAUUAGUUAUAUAUUCAUCAAAAUUCUUUAUCUAUUAAAUUCUAUCGGACAAAUUUUUCUGCUGAAUGUGUUAUUAGGAAGACAAUUUUGGUUUUACGGAAUCGAAAUCAUCUAUCGAUAUUGGACGAAACAAAUUGGUUUACUCUAUUCCGGAAAUGAGUAUUUUCCUAAAGUGGUUCUAUGUGAUUUCAGUAUUCGUGAACCGAAUCAUCCCAAAGAAGCUCAUCGAUACACAGUCCAAUGUGUCUUGCCAUUUAAUCUAUUUAAUCAACAAAUUUUCACUUAUCUUUACUUUUGGUUGAUUAUUCUCUCAUUGUGUAACUUUUUCUCGAUUUUGAUUUGGUUUUAUCGUAUUUCUCCACGUCGUAAUUUUCGUUAUCUCGAACGACGAUUGACAUGGCAUUUUCUAACCGAUGAACAAAACCAUACUAUCGAAAACAAGCGCCUAUUUGUGAAUCAAUACUUACAAGGCGAUGGAAUAUUCAUGUUGCAUUUAAUCACUUCGAAUGUCAGUGAUUAUGUUUGUCGAAAGAUUAUCAUUGAAUUGUAUCAAGUUUUUCACCGAUCAUUAGAUGCACAUAUGAUUGGUCGAGAACCGUUGUUUAAACCGAUUUCUAUGGAGAAAUUAGACGACAAUCUUGAAGAAAGUAAACACAAUGAUGAUGAUGAUGAUGAUGAUGGAAGUACAGAUCAAACUAUCGCACCUGACAUUCCACCAGUACCAAAUCCUCGACAAGGAAGAAUAUCACUUGCACACGAAACAUCCACGAAAUUAUCAACAGAUCAACCUGAAACUGUGCAGCCAAUAGUUCAACAUCUUGAAGUCAAAUCUACACCAACUCAUUCUCCUAGUGGACAAAAGCGUCUACGCAGUUCGUUAAUACCUCUUCUCAAAGAUAUUCGUCAGACAUCAGAAAUACACAUGGACUCUUCGGCAUCGACAACACCUCGUUAUAAAAAUGUCGAAUUUUCCUUAGAAUCUGAUACAAUAGUCCCAUACAAUAAACCUACACUUUCCGUUCCUACACAUCUACCUCCUUCGCUUCCAUCGCCUUCUAUAUUAAAUUUGAAAGGUCCAUCACCUUAUGCGACAACUUAUCUAACUACAAAGAAACGCAAUGAACAUGAACUACCCUAUAUUGACGAUAGUAUAUCGAGUGGUUCAACAUCUGUUCGAUUGAUCAGUACAGGAAGUGUCCAAGAACCAGCACGACCAAAAACAACUUUAACAUCAACAACAUCUUUCUUUCACCGAAGUCAUGAUGUAUAA